AUGUCUUACAAAUGGAAAAGGGAAAAUUGGGGAUGUGAAUUGGGUGAUAAUGAGCGAAUUAUUGAUUGGUCAUUCCUAGCGGAAUUGAAUUUCACAUUAGCUGCUUUAUUAACUUCUAAAGGUGGAGUUCUAAUUUAUUCUAACGUUGGAAACAGUGGCGCCAAACUCUGUGUUACUCAUUUACAAAAAUUUGCUUCAACUGUAAAUGAGGCUGCUGCCAUAUGCGUUCUUCCUGAUGCAAGUGGUCUAGCAUUCAUUCUUUUAAAGGGGAGCGUUUUAUUGGUACCGCUGCGGUGUAUUCUAGACGUACCAUGGGGUAGAUGUGAUAUUUUGGCCAGUGAUUCCGUUUCAAUUUUGGAAGUUAAUGGUGUGGAAGAAGGAUGCUUGUGUACACCAACUUCUGCACUCUGUUACAGUGCUCAUCAUUCAAAUCGUCCUUACUUAAUAUAUGCAAAUAAGGCAGGACAGCUUUUUAUUAUUGAUUUAACUAUGAUGGUAGUAUCCGUAAUGUUAAGAGCACCGGAAAGCAUUCAUAAUAUUGCUUUGUACACAAGCAAAGGCGAUGUUCAUUUACUGGUAAGCGGUUUCACCAGUGAACAGUGGAUAUUGCCACUGGAAACUGAUGGACGUAGCUUGCGUGAAACGUUAGGUCAGGUUAUACCAUGGGAUUUAAGAGAACAGUAUCACAAAACAUCUCAGAUCAGUGUUGCCUUCAAUGGAUUGCUUGCUGUGCUUAACACUGAAGAUUGUGUUGUCAAGUUCUACGACGAUGCCGAUAUGAAAAUAGCGAAAAAUUUUGUCUCCGUGCCUGAAAAUACGUGGCAGGUGCAUAUUCUUCCGCAUGUGGUAUUUGCUAUUACUGAUCAAGUUUCUGGUAAUGAUGUUUCUGUUCACUUCGGUGGUUUGUUCAGUACUGCAAAGAUUUUUUACGAAAAAAUCCUUGAUUUUUCAAGUGAAAAGAUAUUGGGUUUUAUACCGAUUAUAUGCGAGAAUAUUCUGCCUUCGUGUUUGCUUGUGACGGAACAUGAUGUUAUCGUUUUAUCUCCGAACAAGUCUUUACGCGAGGUUCUGGUUGAUUAUGUCGCGAAACUCGACUUCAGUUAUAACAUUUGCAUGUUAGUAGCUGAAACAUUUGAAAUAAAUGUCGCUGAUUUGGUUCAAAAUGUCCUCGACGAUACUAUUCCUACUAUUCAGAAUUCUGCGGACAAAGAAAUCAUUCUGAAUAAACUGAUUAAUCUUGCACUUGAUUCAUCUGUAAGCAUAUGA